AUGCAUUCUAAAAUUAGUGCAAAGUUGUUGCCUGAUGGAAGUUAUAAUUACUGUUGUGGUACUGGUGGUCAAGUUCAUGAUGAACAUUUUGCUGGACUAGAUCCUGGAUUUCAAAUUAUUUUGAAAAGGCUUGACAAAGUAGAUGCGUCAUUGAGUGCAAUUAAGUCAGAUAUUCAAUCCUCCAGCAACAAGCUAACAGAACUUGAAGAGAUUGUCACUGGUGAGUCUUUAUAUGAUGAAAUGAAAGAUAGGAUGAAUAGAGAGAACUUUAUUAUAUAUAACUUUGAUGACUCAGUGAAUGCAGCUGCUACUGAUUCUGUGAAUAUAAAGAAUUGCUCGAGAAUACAAAGCUUUAGUGAUCUUACAAAAAAACAACAAGCUCACAUGCAAAAACUUAAAAAUGAAGUGAAGGAUAGAUCUGACAAAGGAGAAAAGGAUUUAAAAAUUAAACAUAUCAGAGGUAAACCAGAUUAUGUCUUAUUAAUGAAUAUGACAUUAUAG